AUGAGAGGAGAGCUUAAGGUGCGUGUGCCAUGGCAGUCACAUGCGCUGCAGGGCUCAGGCUUCCUCCCUCGGAGUGGACGCCACUGGGGACAAUGGAGUGAAUCACUGAAAGCUGUGUGUGAAGCAGACACAUGGAAAAUCCCCCUCGAGGCUUCUUGCCCUGCAUCCGCCCGUGCAGACGCCCCUGCCCUGCUCUCCAAGCUCCCCCGAGCCCUUGCUGACAAGGACUGUCCUUGGGGACUGUCCACCCCAAACCCCGACCUCUGCAUCCUCCCACGCCCGGGGCUGGGUCCACACCGCUCGGCCCUGGACGACACACAGGCUGGCCAUUUUGGUCAGCCUUUGGGGAGAAGUAAGGGAGUAAAAGUUAUGGCUCCUCUUUAG